AUAAAGGAGUUCUUCACUGAAGAUCUCUGGCACACAUUACCCAACAGCUGGCAGCCUGUGCUGCAGGACCUGUCCUAUCCACAGGUUGCAGACCUGUUACUGGAUGUUAAACAUGAAGACAGGAGAUAUCCUUCCGUGUGGCCGCUGUCACUGUUGGCUUUCCGUGCCACGGCUCACGCUCUGGCCUUUCCCAGAGAGUGCAGGCGGGAUCGAGGCAGGACGGCCGGCUCCGUGAAGCCUGAAGAGUUCCUGGAGAACCAGAGUCAGAGCUCACUGCUGGGACACAUAUUCAGGAAACACGUCAAACCCAAGAAACAGCACGAGAUCCGCAGGCUGGGCUUGCUGGUAAAACAACUUUGUGAGCAGACUGACUGCAGCAGAGUGGUGGAUGUCGGCUCCGGACAGGGUCAUCUGACUCGCUUCCUGUCCUUUGGGCUCGGACUCUCCGUGACCGCGAUUGAAGCUGAUCACAACCUGGUUGCCAUGGCAUCCAGGUUUGACGGACAGUUGCUGUGGGCUUUAGAGAAGGAGAAGCAGAAAAAGAGCGGCUCCUCUCUGGUCCCAGUGUCACAGUCCUCUCCCAGGCAUGUGGCCGGUUGGGUAAACCCCAAGGCAUCAUGGGAGGCCUUCAUCACGCAGCUGAAGACUGCAGAUUGUGUCAACGAAGGUCCUCCAACUCCAUCCGGACCCAGCAAGAAGAAACUGCGAGGCUCAAAGCGUCAGAGAUGUUCUCAUGUGGUCCAGACGUCGUCAUCACCUCGUGGCUCCACAGACUCCGAUCGCUCGCAGGACUUCGAUUUGACAUCGCGACACCAGUUCGAGUCUGAAAGCCGCUGCUCCUGUGUCCAGCCUGUCUGUCAGGAGGACGUCCGUCCUGAAGAAAACAGCCAGCGAGACUAUUCAGACUUUGUCCUGACCGGUCUCCACGCCUGCGGUGACCUCAGCGCCACCCUCCUCCGCCACUUCGUCAACUGCCCACACGUGCGCGGCAUCACAUCUGUGGCGUGUUGCUACAUGAAAAUCACGACCAAAGAAAAUCCCGCCCCUCCAGGACUGGUGGAGUGUCCCACCCCGCCGACGCCAGGCCAGGAAACGCUCCCCUCAGAGUUCGGCUACCCCAUGAGCUCCUGGGUGCGGGGUUUGCCGGGACAUCAGCUGUCCUAUAAGGCGCGCGAGGGGGCGUGUCACGCUGUCGAGGACUACGUACGGAGGCUUCGGGAGGAAAGCCAGCUGCUGAGGACGCACUGUUACCGAGCGAUGCUGGAGACCUUCGUCAGGGAUACAAGACCGGAUCUGCGCAGGGCGGGAAUCCAGACCAUAAAGAAAGCACACUUAUUACCAUUCACAGAGUACGCCCGACUGGGUCUGGCUCGGGUCGGCCUGCCUCCCGAGUUGCCUCUGGACCCGGACCGCGUGGAGGCCAUGUUGAAGCAGCAGGGCAGGGUGGUGGUGUACUUCAGCCUGGCCCUGCUGCUGGCUCCUGUGGUGGAGACACUGGUGCUUCUGGACAGGAUGAUCUACCUGCAGGAGAACGGUGUGGACAGUCAGCUGGUUCCUCUCUUCGACCCAAACUUUUCUCCAAGAAACUUCGUGCUGGUGGCUCUGAAGGCUCGUGGAUAGGGAACCUAGACUUUCUGUGAAUGACUCAAGAUUAUGAAAGUCUAGUUCUCUUUUAAACGACACAAGGAACUCUAAGUCUUAAGAUUAUGUCGAUUUUAGCCUGUGUUUUUAAAAAAAUAAUGAACUUUUUUUUUUUACUGAACAUCUAGAAGGAGCACACGUCCCUCCUGCAGAGGAAGCCUGCAGAUUUUCAGCUCCACUCUUGCACAGAAUCAUGGUAGAAAUCUGAAACUCUGGCAUUUUGCUGUACCAACACGAACACUCAGUAUAUGAGACUUUUAUGUCAGAUUUUAUUGACAUCGUGCACUGCUGCAUCACUAAAUGUCUUCAUGACGUGUGUGUCUUUUGUUUUCAUGCCGUGGUUUGGUUUCUGUGCACACAAACACAACAUGUUUCUGGCUUUGCAUGUUUGUUUUUUUAUUUAUUUAACUGUAAAGCACCAAAGGUCAAUUUGUACCGUACCUGUAGCUCAAAGCAAUAAACGGAG